UUAGGAAUUUCCUUUUCGUUUGGUGACGACGCCAAAGGAAUCAAAAUAAGUGCACUCAACCCCCAACAUGGUGCGCUAAGAUCGGUCGUGCGUGCUUUCGCGCUUUUUUACGUUAGUUUUUAUUGCUUGUGUUCCUUCCAACGCAAUCCCUCAGCGGGAAUUUGUCGAACGCCUUCUUCGUUUGGUAGCUGCAAUUUUUCCUCGCUUUGAGACAUUGCCAAGAUUAUUUGCUGCAACGGUGAAUAGUGUGAUACAAAAUCAAAAAACACAAAAAUAUACAGAAUCUUGCCAGACAACAAGACUAGCUAAAAAAAAAAACAAAUAGCAAUAAUCAACAUACACGCGAGUGUACGCUGUGUAGGGCUGUACGCAUUACACCCACAAAUACGCACCUACAUUCGCGCCAGCAUGGCCCGGCAGACGAGAUGUAGAAUGUUAAAAAUAAUUCCGUACGCUUGGCGUAUCAUACUGUCCCUUGCCGUGUGUUGCACCGUGGGCAGGGUAGCAGGGAGUCAUUUGUCUCAAACGGGACAAAACGUGUCCCCGAUGCAUAAUCACAAAUCUGUGGACCGAAGGAUCCUAGACCUAAUCAAACGUCCAGACGAUUUAGACAUCCAGGAUGGAAUGAUGGAUAUUACCUCACUUCGGGAGAGUGAGCUUCCUGAAGAUAAGGAAAAUAUCCUCAGUCGUCACUCGCCGAAGCAUCACAUAAGUUCAUCGAAACCACGUGAGAAGCGAAACAUCGAUCACGAAUCCCUGGUAAACAGCGUCAGGCCAUCCCGGUCUGGUAGCGCACCAGAUGGUGAAUCCCUUCAGAUCAAUGGAUUUCGUAUUGAAUUGUCGGAUAAGGCUGUGGAGACGGAAGACGAUGGAGUUCCGUCAGUGCGUAGCGAUUCCAAGACGCUGCUGCGUUUGUUUGGAACAGGCAUCCGUCGCGGGACUCUCAUCACCUUCACGCACUACUCGCACCGUUUUGGCGGAUCGUGCCAAAUGCCGGUGACGGAUAUAUUCAGGGUGGAAGAUGCGGAUGAGAUCGGAAGCAGUGGAACCGUGUGGAUGAGUUUGCCGGAUCCGGCACCAAACAAAAAAUAUUUCUACCUAUGCGCCAAGUAUGAUGACAUAGGCGACCCCUCGGCAAUGUCGGGAGAAUCGGAGCAGGAAGCAAUCAAAGUCACGCCCUUCCUCCACCAGGGAUCGGAGCCGUGGAUGCGUUUGACGAGUCACAAACCAUUCCUUCCGAUGUGGCUGACGAUCUGCGUUAUUAGUGUGUGUCUUGUCUUUUCUGCGCUUUUCUCUGGGCUAAAUCUCGGCUUGAUGUCUCUGGAUCGAACCGAUCUGAAGAUCUUGUGUAAUACCGGCACACCGACGGAGAAACAAUACGCUAAAGCGAUUCAACCGGUGCGAGAUCAUGGAAACUUUCUGCUUUGCAGUAUUUUACUUGGCAAUGUACUAGUCAACUCGACGUUCACUAUUCUUCUGGAUGGUCUCACAUCCGGUCUGAUAGCUAUCAUCUGUUCCACUAUUGCAAUCGUCAUUUUCGGUGAAAUCACUCCGCAGGCCAUCUGUUCACGGCACGGGCUUGCUGUCGGAGCUAAAACAAUUUUGAUAACCAAGGCUGUGAUGUUGUUAACUUUUCCGUUGUCUUAUCCUACUUCAAAGAUAUUAGACUAUCUUCUGGGCAAGGAAAUUGGUAAUUAUUACGACCGAGAGCGUCUCAAGGAGCUGGUAAAGGUUACUAAGGAUAUAAAUGAUUUGGAUAAGGAUGAAGUAAACGUGAUUUCUGGCGUGCUCGAGUUGAGUAAAAAAACCGUUAGCGAUGUUAUGACACGCCUCGAGGAUGCAUACAUGCUCUCUGUGGACGUAUGUCUUGAUUUUGAGACCAUAACCGAUAUAAUGAAGUCCGGGUUUUCGCGCAUUCCUGUGUACCAGGAAGACCGAGAAGAUAUCGUAUCUAUCUUGCACAUCCGCGAUCUGGCAUUCAUUGAUCCGGACGAAAAUAUGCCACUACGCAGAAUGUGUGAAUUUUUCCGCAAUAAGCUACACUUUGUCUUUUACGAUCAGACGCUUGAUGUGAUGUUCAAGGAGUUUAAGACCGGAAAAUUUGGUCACAUGGCGUUCAUACAGCGCGUGAACGGGGACGGUGACGGGGAUCCUUUUUAUGAAACGCUCGGACUCAUCACACUCGAGGACGUAAUCGAGGAGCUUAUUCAAGCAGAAAUCGUGGACGAAACGGAUGUCUACACUGACAACACGCGCAAAGUACGUCGCGAGCGUAUCAAGCGGCAGGAUUUCAGUUCCUUUGUACACCGUAACAACGAAACGAACGUGCACCGUUUGCGUAUAGGGCCUCAAAUGAUGUUCGCAACGUACCAGUUCAUAUCGACUGCUAUACCAUCAUUUGCUAGCAACUGCAUAUCAGAACCGAUCUUACGUCGCCUGCUGGGUCAAAACAUUUUUCAUCAGAUCAAGAUCAAGAACAAAAAUCGCGAGGAUCAACCAGCUAUUAUCAACCGUGGCACUCAGAUUGAUUACUUUUUGUUGAUAAUAGAGGGCCGAGUUGAGGUAACGGUCGGCAAGGAGAAUCUCCUCUUCGAGAGCGGCCCAUUCACAUACUUUGGUUUGCAGGCAUUGGUGCAAAAUGUUGGCGGCGAAGUAGCUGUAAAUACGCCUGAGCAGAUCAUGGGUUCGCUUCAGUCCCUUGAUCGUGAUGCUAGCGUGAGGCACGCUUUCAUUCCCGAUUACACUGUAAAAGCUGUUACCGACGUGCUGUAUCUGCAGAUACCGCGUAAUCUAUACCUUGCUGCGAAACGUGCCACACUGAUGGAACGUUCGAACAGAUUAGGCGACCAGUCGAUGGAUCCGAUUGAUGCGGAGGUGGAAAAGUUGAUGCAUUCACUGGAUGAAGGCGAUCACAGUAGCAUUACGCCCGAUGCCACUAAUUUGACUGUCCAUUCCGCCACCAAGAUUAGCAAAUCGUCCAGCGAUGCACCCUCGCCGACAACAGCCUUAAAUGAGCAUUCGCCAGCAUGGGAAGCACAAGUGGCGCUGGGAGACCGGAAUCGGAUCCCAGUAUCGCCCCGUUGCUGCCAAAGCCAUAACCCACGGUGUAUCUCGUUGUACUAUACUAUCCCCCCACGUACACCACAAUCGGCGCAUCCGCGCAUACAUCAUCACCACCAACAUUGCCACAUCGAUAGGAGUUUAUCGUCCACUUGUAGGAUGUCAUGUUAG